AUGGCUCGCUUUGCAAAUAAGCCUGUUGUAUACAAGAAAUUUCUCGACAUUUUGCAUUCUUAUCAGAGAACUGUAGAUCAGCAGGCUCGAACUCCACAAACAGAAAAGGUUGUGCUAGAUGAAGUUACAGCUUUGUUUGGUGAAGAGCCAGAUUUACUUGAAGAAUUCCGCCAUUUUCUUCCCGGUGUUCAUGGCUUCAGAGGAGGCUCAGAUGCUGAAGUUGUCAUAUCUUCUGAUUCUGAUGAUCUCGUUCGUGAAGAAGUAUCUGAUUCGGAGCAGGAACAAGGGACCAAACCAAAGAAAAAGGCCAAAGCUAAGAUAGCAACAAGCACUUCUAGACCUGUUACGCGAUCAUCAAACACAAGUAUUUGGAAGAGGGACGUCGACAUAAAAGAAGCGGCAAUGACUGCAAGUGUAGAAGAUAUUGUCUAUUUUGAUAAGAUUCGUCGCUGUCUCGAUGAAAGAAAGCACGAUACGUUUCUUCGCGCUCUCAAUUUGUAUAGCGCAUCAAUCAUUUCUGGCACCGAACUUCUUACAAUGCUGGAAAAUGUCUUCGGAAACCAGGCCCAUCUUCUUGAUGGUCUGCGGAAGAUCCUUGGUGUAGAGGAUGAUUCUACUGCUCAAGCAACAGCU